GGGGUCAGGCUGACUGCCGGUCCCUGCAGUGCUCCUUCCUGCCCAAGUUCUCCAUCUAUAUCGAGACCAAGUACGAGGACAACUGUGGGGACAGCGAGAACAUCUUCCACAGUGACAAAAUCCUGGGUGACCACGAGGUCUCCUUCCUGGACAUCGCCUUCGAUGAGAUCCCCGAGCGGUACUACCGCAGCCCAGAGGACCCUCGUUUCUUCAGCUCAGCUAAGACGGGCCGCGGGCCGCUGCGGGAGGGCUGGCGCCAGCACACCAAACCCAUCAUGUGCUCCUACAAGCUGGUGAGCGUCAAGUUCGAGGUCUGGGGGCUGCAGACGCGGGUGGAGCAGUUCGUGCACAAGGUGAUCCGGGACAUCCUGCUGAUCGGGCACCGGCAG